CUACUAGGGUUCUGCUUCCUGUUCCUGUUCCUCUUCCCAGAGUCACGCGUCCUGCCGCCUCCUCUGCAUUCGCUCUCCUCUCUCUAAUCCCUCCUCCAAUGGCAGCCUCGAUCCCCCUCUCCUCGAGACCAUCCCUCUCCGCCAUCUCACGCGUGGCCCGAUGCUUCACCUCAGCUUCCCCAUCCCAACCCACACCUUCCUCCCCCUCCUCCUCGCCUCCGCUGUUCGCCUUCUCCACAAACCCUGAUUUGGCUCGCCGCCAAGAUGCCGAGCGCAGGAACGUGCAGUGGGUGUUCCUCGGCUGCCCCGGCGUCGGCAAGGGCACCUACGCCAGCCGCCUCUCCACUCUCCUCGGCGUCCCCCACAUCGCCACGGGCGAUCUCGUCCGCGAGGAGCUCUCCGCCUCCGGCCCUCUCUCUCAUCAGCUGAAGGAGAUCGUGAAUCAAGGUAAAUUGGUAUCUGACGAAAUAAUCAUUAGCUUAUUGUCCAAGAGGCUUAAGGCUGGAGAAGCUCAAGGCGAAUCAGGAUUUAUCCUUGAUGGGUUCCCACGUACGACAAAGCAAGCAGAAAUACUGGAAAGAGUGACAGACAUUGACUUGGUGGUCAAUUUGAAACUCCGUGAAGAUGUUUUAAUGGAGAAAUGUCUUGGAAGAAGAAUAUGUGGUCAGUGUGGCAAGAAUUUUAAUGUGGCCAGCAUUAAUGUCAAGGGAGAGAAUGGGAAUCCUGGAAUUAGCAUGGAUCCUCUUCUACCCCCUGCACAUUGCAUGAGAAAGCUCAUUUCUCGGGCCGACGACACGGAAGAAGUAGUGAAAGAACGGCUUAGGAUCUAUUGGGAAAAGAGUCAACCUGUAGAAGAUUUCUAUCGGAGGCAAGGAAAGCUUAUGGAGUUUGACCUGCCAGGCGGGAUUCCAGAAUCAUGGCCAAAGUUGCUGGAAGCUCUUAAUCUUGAUGAUUUUGAGGAAAAGCAGUCUGCUGCAGCAUGAGUAUGUCGCGCACUUAAAUAAUCGAAGUGCCAUUCUUUGAACUGACAUUUGUGUGUGUUGAGCAAUUUUACAUGGGGAAAUCUUUUCCCUUCUUUUUUUCCUUUGGAAUAAAGGAACUUAGAAAUUUCACCUGUUCAUUUUUUCAAAAGAUGACCAGUGCCUUAUUAGGUCUGGAUUUUGUGGGGACGGUUUUUGUCCUGUCUUUUUCAGAGAGAGAGAGAGAGAGAGAGAGAGAGAGAGAUUCUGGAACUUAAGUUUUUUUGUUUUUUUGUUGACUUUGAGAGGUUAGUAAGGAUCUAUGAAGGUAAGUCAUACCUUAGAUAGGUGGAAGCUAUGUAAUCUCUUCACUUUUCUUUUUCUUUACAAUGGAAUAUCAAGACAUGCAAUGUGAUGUUUAAUUAUAAGAAUAAGAAAAGCAGUAGCAUGCAGGUUGCUGGACGCAUUGCUCUUUAUUUUUGCAUCCUUCGUAAUCAUUGCUUUAAGCAAUUGUUCUUAAUGUUAAUGAUUGUUCUCUCA